CCGGCGGGACCUGGACAAGAGCGACUGGGUAACUGCAAAUUGGGUGAGCCAUGGCUGGCCUGGUGGACUUUCAAGAUGAGGAGCAGGUGAAGUCGUUUCUGGAGAAUAUGGAGGUGGAGUGCAACUAUCAGUGCUACCACGAGAAAGACCCGGACGGUUGUUAUCGGCUAGUAGACUAUUUGGAAGGGAUCCAGAAGAAUUUUCAUGAGGCUGCCAAGGUCUUGAAGUUCAACUGUGAAGAGAACAAACACAGUGAUAGCUGCUACAAACUGGGGGCCUAUUAUGUGACUGGAAAAGGCGGACUGACCCAGGACCUGAAAGUUGCUUCCAGCUGCUUUCUGAUGGCAUGUGAGAAGCCUGGGAAGAAGUCCGUGGAGGCAUGUCACAAUGUUGGUCUCCUGGCACAUGAUGGGCAGGUCAACGAUGAUGGCAAGCCCGAUCUGAGGAAGGCCAGAGACUAUUAUACAAGGGCCUGUGAUGGCAGCUAUGCCCCUAGCUGUUUCAACCUCAGUGCCAUGUUUCUGCAGGGCGCUCCCGGCUUUCCCAAGGACAUGAGCCUAGCAUGCCAAUACUCGAUGAAAGCCUGUGACCUGGGCCAUGUCUGGGCUUGUGCCAAUGCCAGCCGCAUGUACAAGCUGGGGGAUGGUGUGGAAAAGGACGAAGCCAAGGCCGAGGCACUAAAAAAUCGGGCCCUGCAGCUACAAAAAGAACAGCAGAAAAACAUCCAACCUUUAACAUUUGGGUAGUGUGGCCCACCCUGGUGCAACAGACGCUGGCACCCCCCAGUCCUGAUGCACCCCUGAGAGGUCAACCUGCUGGAGCAGAAAGACUUGAGACUUGAUAUUCUCGUAGCCCUGGUUACGUAUACCUGUUGCCCUAAAGUGUCACCGAUUGGGAUAUAGCCUGAAGCGUUUAUUUCAUUAACUGGUGUGUUCUGUGAAGAGACCGACAUUAAUGGGGUCUUAGAUCUCAAACUCUUAAACAGCUCUGUGAAAAAACAGCAAAC